UCCCACUCAUUCCGGUGGUGCCACUGUGUUUCUGUGUGAGAGAGAAAUUGAGUGAAUAAAAGAAGCUGCAUAAUUCCUAUUUUCUUCUAACCCAUAACCCAGUUUCUUCAACAAUAACCUUAUUCUUGAAUUUCUCUCUCAAAGUUCAAGAAAUCUUGAAUUUUGGGUGAUUUAGAAAGUUACCCACACAUUGUGAAGCCAUUUUCUUCACCAAUGACAUCCUUCUUGAAUCUUUUCUCAGAAAAUUCAAGAAAUCUUGAAUUUUGGGUGAUUUGAGAGGUUACCCAUAAAAUUCUUCUUUGGAUUGGAGGAAAGGGUGGGUUUUGUAGUUUCUUCUAAUUAAAGAUUAUAACCACCAAAAUUUACGAUAUUUUAGCAAAAUAUUUGGUUUUGAGGUUACCAAUGAGGGACUUUCCUUCUUGUUUUGGUGAAAAUGGCAUUCAAGUGGCGGGAUCUUCUUCUUCAUCAGGUGAUAUCACCACUACUACUUCCACUAACAGAAUUGCCCAAAAUCUCGUGACUUGUGUUUACCAGUGUCGAAUGCGUAAUUUCUCUUACUUCAUCAUAACUCUCACUUGGAGUAAAACCUUAAUGGGUCAAAGUCUUUCUGUUGAAAUCAACGAUUCAAACAACCAAUGUCUAUGCAAACUCGACAUUAAGCCAUGGUUGUUCUCUAAAAGAAGAGGGUAUAGGAAUCUAGAAGUGGGUUCAAAGUUGAUUGCUAUUUACUGGGAUUUAUCAUACGCAAAAUUCGAUUCUUCACCUGAGCCAAUCGAAGGUUUCUAUUUUGCUAUUUCCAUGAACCAAGAACUGAUACUGGUUUUAGGAGAUAUGGAAAAGGAAGUGCACAAAAAGAUAGAUGCAACAAGUUUGGUUCCAAAUGCUGUUUUUGUUUCAAAAAGAGCACAUAUUUUUGGGAAGAAGGCGUAUUCGACAAGAGCACAGUUUUGUGGAAAAGGUCAGAUUCAUGAUAUAACAAUUGAAUGUGAUACGAUGUGUAUGAAUGAUUCGUAUUUGUUGAUACGAAUAGAUGGUAACCCUGUAAUGCAAGUGAAGUGCUUAAAAUGGAAAUUUAGAGGAAAUUAUACUAUUUUAGUUGAUGGGUUACCAGUGGAAGUUUAUUGGGAUGUUCAUAGUUGGCUAUUUGAGAAAUUUAUGGGCAAUGCGGUCUUUUUGUUUCAGACUUGUCUUUCAGCUGAGAAAUUAUGGGGGAGUGAGGAUGCUUCUUGGUCAACUAUGAGUAAAGAUCGACAUUCACAAACUUUGGGCUUUUCUUUGGUGUUGUGUGCAUGGAAGAAUGAGUAGAAGUGUGUUUUGGGGAUACUAUUUCUAUUUAUUUUGACUCUGAUACAACUGUGUGUUGUUUUUCUAUGUUUUAUUGAGGAAUUAUACGAGUCUACGUUCUAUGGUUUGUUAAGCUUAUGAACUAAAAUGUUGUUUUUCAUUGUAUGUAUAGAUCUUAUUACAUUA